AUGGGUUGGUUUAGCAGUGAGGUACAAGCCCCUCCAGAUAAAAACAAAAGACAAACAUGUUGGGACAGCCGUGACAGGUUUUUUGAAUGCUUAACCGCGCACGGAAUCGACAACUCGUUGGAUGCCAAACAAAAAGAUGCAGUUGAAAACAACUGUGGGACUUUGAGAACCGAGUUUCAGAACAACUGUGUGGCUAGUUGGUUCAAGUACUUCCAGGAGAAAAGGUAUAACGAUAUCACUAGAGAAAGAUACAUCAAAAAACUUGAGGCCGAGGGAGCACAAGAAUUACCUUUCAAGUUGGCUCCAGGAAAAAAGUAA